AAUUGUUGUGGGUGUGGCGUAGAAUGAAGGAUAAUGGGAUUGAUCCGGGCUUGUAUACGUAUAAUUUCUUGGUGAACGGGUUGGUGAAUUCGAUGUUUAUUGAGUCAGCUGAACGGGUUCUUGAGGUAAUGGAAAGUGGGAGAGUAGGACCGGAUGUUGUGACGUAUAAUACGAUGAUCAAAGGGUAUUGUAAGGUGGGGAAGACGAAGAAGGCAAGGGAGAAGUUAAGGGAUAUGGAGGUGAGGAAUGUGGAGCCUGAUAAGAUUACUUAUAUGACUUUGAUGCAGGCAUGUUAUUCAGAUCGAGAUUUUGAUGCUUGUUUGGGUCUUUAUCAUGAAAUGGAAGAGAAGGGGUUGGAAAUUCCGGGUCAUGCUUAUAGUUUAGUGAUUGGUGCGCUUUGUAGGGAUGGGAAGUGUGCAGAAGGAUAUGCUGUGUUUCAAAGUAUGAUUCAGAAGGGCUGUAAAGCAAAUGUGGCAAUUUAUACGGUUCUGAUUGAUUCUUAUGCAAAAGGUGGGAACAUGGAACAGGCAAACUGGCUUUUUCAGAGGAUGAAGAAUGAUGGGUUCGAGCCGGAUGAGGUUACUUAUGGGGUUAUUGUUAAUGGGUUGUGUAAGGUUGGGAGAUUGGAGGAAGCCAUGGAGUACUUUGAUUUUUGUAGCAGUAAUGGGGUUGUGGUAAAUGCUAUGUUUUAUUCUAGUUUAAUUGAUGGUCUUGGAAAGGCUGGGAGAGUGGAUGAAGCUGAAAGGCUUUUUGAAGAAAUGUUCAAGAAGGGAUGUACGCAGGAUUCAUAUUGCUACAAUGCCCUUAUUGAUGCCCUGGCUAAGUGUGGCAAAAUUGAUGAAGCAUUAGAACUCUUUAAGAGGAUGGAAGAGGAAGGUUGUGAUCAGACGGUUUAUACAUACACAAUAAUUAUCAGUGGACUGUUCAAUGAGCAUAGAAAUGAAGAGGCAUUGAGAAUGUGGGACAUGAUGAUUGAUAAGGGUAUCACACCAACUGCAGCUGCUUUCCGGGCGCUUUCGAUUGGCCUUUGCCUUUCAGGAAAGGUAGCUAGGGCUUGCAAGAUACUAGAUGACCUAGCUCCAAUGGGUAUUGUCCCUGAGACAGCUUUCGAGGAUAUGAUCAAUGUGCUGUGCAAAGCUGGCCGCAUCAAGGAGGCCUGCAAGCUCGCUGAUGGGAUUGUUGAUAGGGGUAGAGAAAUACCAGGGAGAGUUCGUACUAUUGUAAUCAAUGCCUUGCGGAAAGCAGGCAAUGCAGACUUGGCCAUGAAGUUGAUUCAUAGUAAGAUUGGGAUUGGAUAUGAUAGAAUGGGCAGCAUUAAAAGGCGAGUGAAGUUCCGGAUUCUGUUUGACAGUUGAGUCUUCGGCUAGAGUUUUGCUAUGUAGUCGAAAGUUGGCAUCAGAGUGUCUACCCUGUAAAGAUAUGGAGCUGUUUUUGACCUGUCCAGUUCAUCCUUGUAGUUUCUAUAUUCAAUUAACAAUCAAAUUUUCCCAUAAACUUUUGAAAUGCUUAGUGAGUUUUAUGAAUUGCCCUCAUUACAGUGGCAGACAAGUAUCAAUAGUUUUUGUCUGCUUGGGACUUCCAUGUGGUUAUGUUGAAUACUUGUGUGAUCUUUGGCUCAGCAAAUCAGCAUGGCAGCCGGCAUGUAUGAUUUCUUUCUUUAUCUCAUUAAGAACAAUAAUGUAUACUUCAGUGGAUUUUCCAAUGGUAUAUAAAGAAGACAAUAUCAGCUACUAUUAGUUCUCUGUGUAUGUUAAUGAAGUGACACAAAAAGCUAGUAGAAUUUAUUUUGACGAGGGCCAAUAAUUUUGUUUCCUUCCAGAUGCCUUCUCUCAGUCUCUUGGCACUUGAUUGUUGGUCGUCAGAGAAGAAUUCAGCUGCAGGUACUUUUCCUUUAUUCUGACGGGCACAAUUGAGGAGCGGGUAUGUUGUUAAUUUCAAAGAGGCCCAUCAUUUGACCAAGUAGAAGCUUUAACUCUUCAAUAAGUUAAUCUUGAAUUGCAGAGGAGCCAAGUGAAUGAAUAUGUUAAAUUACUAGAAGUAAAGUG